AUGCCUUCUCGUGGUAGCACCCCUACUGGGGAACCUUCUUCAUCCUCCAUUUCGGUACACAAUCCAGCAUUCGAGCAAGACGACAAUGACAAUACCCAUUUACAGCGCAAAGACAAGACUCGAGCGAACGGCAAUUAUGGCUCAAUAUCAGUUCCGGAAGGCUCAAUGGAUCAUGACGACCGACACAAUCAGGAUGGCCAAGAGAAUGAGGAUUCCUUAGGACCUGGUGGACCAUGGCGGUUACCGAUAUGCGUUAUCUUCAUCCUUGUUAUGGUUCUAUCAUGCGUGGCAGUGUUGAUAUUGCUCAUAAUGACGCCCGAGUUUGCACAGCGUUCAUUCGAGACGGGUGUGAUAUUUGAUCUUAAAGAAGCAUCUAUUGUCAAUGCAACACAAGAAGACAACAUCAAUGUCCUUGCAAUGCAUGUAGCAGGAAGCAUCACUCUUCGUGACCAAGCAUAUACAUUGGCAUCAACAGCAGCCUGGAUAUUGGGGAGCAUUGGGAUUGGACAUUCAGCACUACUUGUAUAUCAUGCACCAUCUUCCUUCAUCAUCGGCAGCCAAUCAUCAGCUGAUCACGCCGCCAUGGGAACAAUCCAUUUGCCACCCCUUGAACUAUCAUCUGAUUCAAGAUCGACACCAUUUGAUUUCAUCACUCGCUUCAUCGUGGAUAAUGACAAGGAGCUCAUGCUUUUCGCUCAAGAUGCUGUGGCUUCCAAACAAGUAGCUUGGCAAUUGACGGGUCCAGUUCGUCUUCAGUUGGGUUGGUUUAGUGCUAAGGUGGAUUUUGACAAGCAAGUAACACUGGAAGGGAUGAAUGGGCUAAAGCAAGCAAGUUUGCAAUCGGUUGCAUUCCCUGGAACACAUCCUCGUGGUGGUAUUGCGCUUGGAGGUGCUGUUGAAAUCUAUAAUCCAUCGAGCACGUUGAGCCUACGACUUGGUGAUGUGGACUUUGGGAUCUAUUUGCCAAACGACCAUGGCAACGACAAGCUUAUUGCCGUUGUACGUGCUGAGGAUGCAAGUUUACUUGGCCAGCAAAACAAUGUCUUUGAUAUCCAUGGGCGCACCCUUCCAAUCAGCAACAAUGAUCGGCAAGGAAAAGAAUUGAUGGAUAGGUUCCUAUCAAGUUAUUUGCAUGGCAACACCAGUAUCGUACAUGUGCGUGGUAGUCCAUUUGGUCCUGACGACGACCCACAAGAAUCCUCAUCUUCAACAACACCUCCUUGGUUACGAAAGGCGCUACAAUCAUUGACACUCGAGAUCCCUUUUCCUGGUACCAAGCAAAGUGAUUUGAUCCGGUCGCUUGAGUUGAGCAAUAUCAAAAUCGAUUUUUCAGACAGCGGUCGACCUGUCAUUUCAGCUGACAUUGCUGCCAUGCUCCAAAAGCCGGAUGAGAUGCAAUUCACGAUCAAUGUCACUGAAAUUUAUCCUCGCGUGUUCUUAUACCUGGAAGCUGAUUCUAAGGAACCAUUCGGCAAGCUCAUUCCUGAUAAGCCAUCCCCUGCUCACACUACCGAAGACGAUGACUUGCCACCAGGGAUGCUCAAAGUGACUUCAAGGAUAUCACGUGCGCCUUUCACAGUGAUGCCUGGCAAGGAUGAUGAGUUUCAAAAGUUUAUUGGCAAGAUUUUCAAUGGCAAACGAGGCACUGUUUAUGUUCGUGGUACAGCCGAUGCUAUGGUGGAUAGUGCGUUUGGUCACUUGACAAUACAUGAUCUUGAAUUUAAAGGGCAAAUUGAUAGUCAAGGCAUGGACGGCAUGAAAGAUCCGCCACCUCGCGUGACAUCCAUCUCAUUGGAGCAUGGUGCUGCCGAUGCACUUUAUAUACAAUCCGAAUUGGAGAUCAUGAACCCCUCUGAUGUGCAUGUGAAUAUGGGCUUGAUACAUUUUUCUCUUGAGUUUGGUGGUCAAAUCAUUGGCGAGAUCAUAUUACAAGAGCUGAAACUUGAGCCAAAUACAAGCAACAAGAUGUCAACUAAGGGUCGGCUUUUUGCUGAUAACCCGGUUCCAGUGGUGGAUUAUAUUGGGAAAUACAUUUCGGCCGAAGCGGAUACGCCACUCACGAUUUCAGGGCGACAUCCCAAUGCGACCUUUUCUGAUCUCUUAUUGCCGCUGGUGCGUAGCAUGGAAUUUACAGUAGUCCCGCCAUUAUUUGAUGAGCCUCCUUUGCUUGCAGCCAUGCAAAUGAACGUGUUAUCGUCAACAGCCGUUUUAUGGUUACGAAAUCCUUUCAGCCAUAUUAGGCUAGAGAUGAUUCAGCUUAAUGCAACAGCCGUGUACGAGACAACCGAGAUUGGUACAGCACACGCAAACUUUCACGAUCCAGGUGAAGGUUGGACAGAGCCUGUGAUGUUACCACCACUGCUUUGUAGUAGCAGCAGCAACAUAGCAGCCGACAAUUGCUCAGCCAUCACCGUUGAAACACCAAAGAUACCCGUCAUGACAAAGAAACUUGGACUUGACAUGAUCAAAAAGGCCCUGGGUGGAGAAAUCGAAUUAUCUAUCGACAGCAUUGUUACUAUUCAGAUCGAUGACCUGGUUUUACAAGAUUUACGAUACAAACGCAACAACCUUACUGCCACGGUCAACAAAGGAUUUUGA